UAAGAUCUUAGAUGAAUGAGGAAGAAUGCGCUUCCUGAGCCACAGGUGACAGUAGUGGGAGGGAGGUUAUUGUUUAAGGUAUUGUUACUAGCCUUCCAUAAUGGAAACAGAAGAUCCUUCGGAGCUUGGGGACUGGUUGAAGCAGCGAGUGUUGGGAAGCGGUGGGUUUGGUGUUGUAACAUUAUGGAAGAAUAAACAGACGGGUGAAACAAUAGCCUUGAAGAAAUGUCGUUCAGGUACUGACAGUAUCAUGACACCAAAACAUAAAGAAAGAUGGACAAAAGAAGUGGAAAUAAUGCAGCGACUUUCACAUCCCAAUGUUGUCAAGGCAAUUCAAGUUCCAUGGGAACUUUCUAUUCUUCGCUCUGAGCUGCCAUUGUUGUGUAUGGAAUUCUGCUCAAAAGGUGACCUUAGACAGGUUUUAAAUAAAAGGGAAAACUGUUGUGGGCUGAAUGAAGCUGAUGUUCGUGCUCUCAUUUCUGAUGUGAAGAGUGCAAUACAGUACCUUCACACCAUGAAGAUUACACACCGAGAUUUGAAACCGGAGAAUAUCGUACUUCAACAAAAGGAAAAAAAGAUUGUGUAUAAGCUGAUUGACUUGGGGUAUGCCAAAGAGCUUGAACAAAGCAGCUUAUGUACUUCUUUCGUUGGCACCCUACAGUAUCUGGCCCCUGAGCUCUUCACAAACAAGCCCUAUACCAGCUCAGUGGACUACUGGAGUCUAGGUCUUCUUUCUCAUGAAGUGAUUACAGGAGUAAGACCAUUCUUACCUAACAUGACUCCAGCUGCAUGGAUGUCUCAUGUACGGAACAAGUCAUCUGAUGACAUCUGUGCAUAUCAAGCUCCUGAUGGAAGUAUUGUUUUUUCCAAGGAACUUUAUGAUCAGAACCGUAUCUCACUAGCCCUGAAACAUGAUAUGGAACGAUGGUUAAAACUUGCUUUGGAAUGGGAUCCAAAGAAACGUGGUCGAGGACCGGGUGAUAAAGUUAUCAUCUUUGAUAUGCUUGACGAAAUUCUCAGUAAGAAGAUUGUGCAGUUGUUUGUAGUGCCAUUGUAUUUGCACUGCAGUUAUGUGGUAGACAGUUCAACAGCACUCUCAACAUUGCAAGUGUGGCUUGAACGAGAUACUGCGUUAGCUGUGAAUGAUCAGGAGUUGCUUUUACCAUCAGGCAAACCACCUGAGCCAGAUGCUGGGGCCAUGCAGUGCUGGAAUCAGAAGUGUAUUGAGGAUGGGACUCCAAUGCUGCUGGUCUUCAGAAAGGGUGAGCUGACGUUACCACAGGUUGGACCAAGAAUUCCAUGGACAGUGCAACAGAUGUUGCAGGAGCCACGCACCAAACUGGAAUACGUGCAUCUGCGUCGUGCAUGGGCGCAUGCAAGUUUUUUCUUACGCCAAGAAGCAGACUUAUAUUGUACACUCGUUGCAGCAUUUCAAACGAAGAUGAAACAUGUUGAAGAACUGGGGAAUAUAGUCACAGAAAACUUGAAAGAUGCAGUGACAAGCUUACAGAGGGUUGAAGCACAAAUGGACAUUGUUCAUAGUAGCCUCAAGCUGGAUGAAGAGAAGGCUGCAGGCAGAGUUACUGGCUCAGUAAUGCAUCGUUGGUCCAGGGGUUUUGAGCAAAUAAAAUCGCGAGUGGAAACACUACACGAUGUAUUGCUGCAGGAUUUGAAGACCAGGAGUGAAAGAACUUCAUCAAAGCUUCUGAAGUUACAAGACGAACCAACACCACCUUGGCAGGAUAUGGAAAUGCUAUCAGAAAGUGGACUGAAGUGUUAUGAUCAGCUUCGUCGACGUUCAAGAGAAAGUAGGCAACAGAAAUCAGAUUGUAUUGAAAUGCUCAAGAUUGUCUACAGCUGUUUAAAACGAAGAGAUGCUUUGUUAAGAGACAAGGCAUUUUCUGAACAGUUAACAUUACUUGCUGUUCUUCAAAAAGAUCUUGAGAUGCUCGACAAUCCCAUCAACAGAGCAAUUGAAUUAAUAGAAAAAAUCAGUGUUGAACUGAAAGAGGAACAACUGAAGAGACAAAAUGACAUUUGGAGGUCUGUAAUGGGACUGGAUGCUACACAGAAUUCUGUUGGUCAUGUUUCACCAUCUCCAAGUCUGUACUUGGAUGAGUUGAAAGAGCUUCAAGUUCCUGAACUGACUGUGACUGAUUUCAAGAUUGGCAGUUUCAUGCCAGAUCGCAACCUUGCAGAUGGAAAUCUUAGCAGAACUCACUCAAGAGAGGAAACACCAACUCCAAAUGAACUGAGAGUCUCCAGAGAGUCAUCACCACAUCUUGCGGGCAGAGUGUCGCCAUUUGCUGUCUCAGAUGCUACAACUAUUGUUCAAGAUAAUUUUGAGCUCAGGUUCAGGACAGAAGAGCUAUUAAAUCAAAGUUUUCAACAAAUUCGCAGUAUAAUGGGCGAUUUCAUGUCAAUGGAUUGGACUCAUUUGGAACAGUGAAGAUGACUGUGCUAGAGUGUAGUGUAAUUUCUCUCUCUCUCUCUCUCUCUCUCUCUCUCUCUGUGUGUGUGUGUGUGUGUGUGUGUGUGUGUGUGUGUGUGUGUGUGUGCGUGCCCGCACAUGGUGAAUUCCUGAUUCUGUGGUAUAAGUUCACAUUUCUUAUUACACAUUAAAAUUCAUCAAUAUUUCAGGAUUACAGCAUAAUGAGCUAUGUAAUCCUUGAUUGUGUGAGUGAUUUAGUUUCUGGUGCAGAAGACUGUAAGUGUCAUGUACUACAAUUCACGUAAUUUACAGCAAGACUGGAGGAGGAGUCACUAUAUUGUAUCAUACCUUCUGUGGCCUACAGUCACACUUGUUUGCUCAGGCAUAGAGCUUUACACUCGUGUCAUGCUAGAAAAGAACCUGUCUACAAUUUUUUUACAAUUUACACAAUACUGAACACUUUUUUGAUGAGAAUGUAACAAUAAAGAUGUGGAGAAAUGACAGAUCGCAAAAUUACUGUCAUGUGUUGACACGGCAAGAAUUGAAAUGUUUGUGUAUUGCUAAACAAUUUUUAUUUGUUGUGACUGAAGCUAUAUCUUUGCGUGAAUUGAAAUGUAUUUGUUAUACAUUGGUUUAUGUUUUAUAUUCUAUUUUAUGUGCUUAGAUUUCUAACAAUAGUUAUGUCUUGAUGAACAGAGAAAAUAUUGGGUAUAUUGAAGACUGAAUGCACAUUUAUAGAGUUUGUGGUGAAAAGUGAGUCUCACUUCAUUGUAUUUACACAUGAAAGAUGUUUUUUACAGUUUGUUCCUCUUUGUUAUUCACAAGCAAAAAUAGGGGAUGUGUGGAUCAUUUAUCUCAGAAAACUAUUUUGAAAGAAAAUAUAUAUUUUUAGAUUAAAUUUUAGGCCUAGCAAUAGCAAUUUUUUACAAAGUUACAUCUUGAAGAAAUGAAAUACUUUCUAUGCAUUUACUGUAAUCUUUAAAAGGCAUCUAUUUGACAAAGUUAGCUACAGUUUCUUAGAGUAUAGCUGAUUGUUAGUUGCUGUGGGGAAAUAACAAAAAUUAUUUUUCUUUAGUCUUCAGUUUUGAAGCCAGAUUGGAGUUUAGGGAACUCAAGAAAAAAGUCAUUGCAAUAGUUGUAUAAAACUAGAUAGAAAGGAGAGGAAACAGUAAUUAACAAAUACAGCAAUUACAAAAUACAGUGUAAUACAGUUUUUGUGUGUCAUUAUUGGUUUAUGUUCAGUAAUAUUUCUUUGUCCCAAUUUCAUAUGUAAUUUUGAAUAUUUUAUUGGCUUUUACUCGUUAUCACCCACCUUGUUCAUGAGUGUUGUCAUUUGUUCAAAAAUUUUGAGAUGUUGUAUUAUUACAUUUCCUGUUUGUGAAAGGGCUGUUGUAUUUAUCAUGUUGUGUAGUUGUGCAAUAUUUAUCAUUCUGUGUAGUUGUUUAAUACUUUAUGAGAGCGAGAACAACCAAAUGUUAUAUUGUUAACUGAAGACUCAUUCAUUUCUUUGACUGUUUAUCUGAUUACGCAUGUGCAUUGCUACCUUACCAUGGAUAUACUAUCUUUUACCAUGGAUAUACUAUGUUUUUUAGACACAGUCAAAUGAGAUACUCAGUCUCUCUUUACUUUUUGUCUCUCUAUUGUGAGUUACUCCAAUUCGUUUAAAUACAGAGCAAAUAAAUCAUUUUAUGAAACCAAUUUUACCUCACAUGUUAUUGAUGUCUGCCAUUAUAAUUGCAUAUGCUUCUGCAGCCAAAACCAGCUGACACAAAGGUUGUUUUGAGUAUAGUACUGCAUCAUGUUGUUGUUGUUGUUGUCUUCAGUCUGGUUUGAUGCAGCUCUCCGUGCUACUCUUAUCGUGUGCAAGCUUCCUCAUUUCCAAGUAAUUACUGUACCCUACAUCCUUCUGAAUCUGCUUAGUGUAUUUGUCUCUUGGUCUCCUUCUAUGAUUUUUAUCUUCCACACUGCCCUCCAAUACUAAAUUGGUGAUCCGUUGAUGCCUCGGAACAUAUCCUACGAACCAAUCCAUACUUUUAGACAAGUUGUGCCACAAAUUCCUCUUCUCCCCAAUUCUGUUCAGUACCUUCUCAUUAGUUACCUGAUCUACCCAUCUAAUCUUCAACAUUCUUCUGUAUCACUGCAUUUCGAAAGCUUCUAUUCUCUUCUUGUCUAAACUAUUUAUCGUCCAUGUUUCACUGCCAUACAUGGCUACACUCGAUACAAAUACUUUCAGAAAUGGCUUCCUGACACUUAAAUCUAUACUCAAUGUUAACAAAUUUCUGUUCUUAAGAAAUGCUUUUCUUGCCAUUGUCAGUCUACAUUUUAUAUCCUCUCUACUUUGACCAUCAUCACUUAUUUUGCUCCCCAAAUAGCAAAACUCAUCUACUACUUCAAGUGUCUCAUUUCCUAAUCUAAUUCCCUCAGCAUCACCUGGUUUAGUUAGACUACAUUCCAUUAUCUUCGUUUUGCUUUUGUUGAUGUUCAUCUUAUAUCCUCCUUUCAACACACUAACAAUUCUGUUCAACUGCUCUUCCAGGUCCUUUGCUGCCUGUGACAGAAUUACAAUGUCAUCGGCAAACCUAAAAUUUUUUAUUUCUUGUCCAUGGAUUUUAAUUCCUACUCCAAAUUUUUCAUUUUCUUUACUGCUUGCUCAAUAGAGAUCAUCUGCAUCAAUACUGGCAAAACCAGGUUUUCGGCUGUGGUGACAGUGGCCCCCUCCUGGGUCUACUGGUGUGUUGUAACUGUACAAAGUCACUUAUAUUUUGUCAUUACAGCUCAUUAAGCAUGAUAUGUCACAACUUAAAAAAUAACAUUGUUGUUAUUGGUCUCUUUAAGGUGGAAGGAUUUGGGACUCUCUUGUAAUAGGUUACUGUGCUGGAGGGAGUGGGAAUCUGCUGUUGUUUAUUGCUUCUUCCAUAGUAUGCCAUGAUUAGUGGUCAUCAGUGAAUGGGGUGUAGGCUCCUAUUUUCCUCCUGCUGGAGGCAGGCUGUUUGGCUGUAGUUAUUCACCUGUAGUGCUCAUGUCUCAUAUUAUGGUCGUGGCCUGUUGGUCCCUAGGGCUGGCAACAACGUUGGGGUAAGCCUGAGUUCCUAGUCUUUGUUCGUGUUGUUAGGGUGAUCUAGUAUUUUGAUAGCUUCUCUGAUCUUGUUUUUUAUCAAACCUGGCUGCUUACCAAGUACGCAUUUUUCAUUACAUUUUAUUUCCUAUUUGCAGUGGUAGUGGAGCUUAGCCACUGCGGAUUUGCUGUGUUGUCCUAGAUGAAUGUAGCACAAGUGUUCCUGAAUGCUUAUUACUAUUGACCUGAUGUUUUCACCAAUGAAUAAUUCUUCACAUUGAUAUUCCACCUUGUGCUCACAUGCAGUGUGUAAAAGACCUACUUUGGCCUUAGUGGAGCCUAGCACAUCCUGGAUCUUCUGGCCAGCCAGGCACCAACGUGGCGAAUGUUUACCAAUCCUGUCUACGAAAUUUUUCAUGUAGGGUAAGCGUGCUGCUGGGUGCAGUUUGUCAAUUUUUUGCCUGUCUUGUUUUGUUUUGUUUGUUGUCAUGGCUGUGUGGAUUGAUUUGUGGUUGUAAUUAUUGGCCAAGAAUAUGUUUGGUUGUGUGGCCAUCUUCCGCAGCAGCUGUUAACAUCUGUUGUUAUAGGUUAUAUGUCUUGAGCUGACUGCAAUGUAAUUAAAAAGAAUUACACCAGAUGUGUUUCAGUUUUAUUUAUAAAGUAUCUUCUGUGGCAUUCAGUAAAUUGGAUACAUACAUUUGUACAUUUAUUUUUCAUUCUUUUAGGUUAAAAACAGCGUUUUCUUUAUGAAGUUAGUCUGUAAGCUACUUACGGUGUUUCUUCACAUAGUCUGCACCUUCCCCUCUUGCUAGCAGUGGCUGAUGUCAACAGGCUUCAUUGGCCAAGAACGUUGAACACAGCCUUUUGAGCAUGUGUUAUGUUUUGACCCUUACUUAGAUGCUGCACGUGGAUAGUCAGAGAGUAGGUAACUCAGUUCAUCUGCACUGGAUGGUGGUUGGACACCUGUCAGAAUGUGUACGCUUCUAAUACACUCUGUACCCUGGUGUGCCCUCUGCUGUUCCAUUGACUUUCACAUAUGGUGAUGGAAUUCUCAUUCUUCUCUACUUCAAGCAUGAACUAUAUCUUUGGAUGCAUUUUAUUCAGAUGUUUGUGAAACCUCUCUACCUCUGUUUCACUACGAGGCUAUACAGCAAAUGUAUUGGACAUAUAUCUGAGCUAGAAUCUUGGGCACAAAGGAGCAGAACAAAGUGCUUUUGCUUUGAAGGCCUCCAUGAACAUGACUGCUGCUAAUGAAGAUAGGGGAGACCCCCAAUUGCUGCUCAUUCUGUCUGCUCAUAUUAUUUUCCUUGCCAUUUGAAAAAUGUUGAAGAAAAACAUAGUUAAGGUCGUUGCUCAUGUCUGGCAGAACAUGCAUUUGUAGUAUGUGAACAGUUUCAUCCUUUGCCACAUUUGUGAAAUGUGACUUUACGUCAAAGCUGACCGUGAUGUCCAUGGAUGAAAUUGUUUCUCUCUUUAUGUGUCGAGUUCUUCACAAAGAGUAGGUUUUUCCAACUAGAGGUCAUAACUUGCAGGCUACAUACUUAGCAAAUUGUAAUUGUAAUAUGGCCUCAUGGUGAAACGGAGCUACACAAGUUUCACGAAUAUUUGAAUAAAAUGCACAUCAAUAUAUAGCUCAUCCUCAAGGUAGAGAAGAAUGGAACAGUUCUAUUCUUAGAUGUGGAACUAUGUAGGAGAAUGGAUGGUGUGCUAGGACACAGAGUAUAUUGGAAGCUUACAGACAGGUAUUUGCACACCCAGUCCAUCCAUCACCCAGUGCAGAAGAAUUCAGCUAGGCUAUCCACAUGCAGCAUCCAAGUAAUGCUCAGAACAUAACACACGACUUCAGAAGCCUGCGUACAAUCUUCUUGGCCAGUGGUUACAACCAUAUAUCGAUCCACCCAGCCAUGGCAAUGAACAAAGCAAAAUCAGGGUAAGCAGGAAAUCUACAAACUAUUCUAAAGUAUUCUUUGGUGAUAUCAGUAGGCCAGUAGCGAUAUUCAUAUGAGAACACGAGUGCUACUUCUGUGUAGGACAACACAGAAAAUCUGCAGUGGCAGGUAGGUUUGCUCCAUCCUGGCUGCCCCCCCCCCCCCCCCCCUCCCUCCCCACCCUGGAGACCAACAGGCCGCACCAGUAACAGAAGAUGCAAGUGCUACCAGUGAAUAACUGCCACUGUGAAGCUUGCAUCCAGCAGGAGAAAAACAGCAGCCCACACCUCAUUUGCCAGUGUCCACCAGUCAUGGUAAACAAUGCAAGAAGCAAUAGAUAACAACAGAUCCCCAUUCCUUCCAUCGUAUUAACCUAUUAUGAUAAAGUUCCCACUCCUUCUUCCUCAAGAGACCAAUU